AUGCGCCUACCUUCCUUACGAACAAGCCGAGCAGAAAAUGCUAACACCGAGACGACCCAGCGGAAAGACCUAGGAUUGAAACUUAUUGAGAAGGGGCUCAACCCAGUCGUCGAUAUCGUUGCUGUUCAUGGUCUAAAUGGUCAUAGAGACACGACAUGGACAGCGGCAAAUGGCAAGAACUGGCUUUCCGAUUUUCUUCCCAAGGAUAUUCCAAAUUCCAGGAUUUGGAGCUGGGGUUACGAUGCAAACACUCAUAGCCGCUUUGGGGUGAGCCACAACACAAUCUGGGACCAUGGAGAAGCCCUUGUAGGCGCCCUGUCCAACGAAAGAGAAUUGAGCAAGACAAGCCGUCUCCCCAUCAUUUUUAUCGCCCACGAUCUGGGUGGUAUCGUGGUUAAAAGUGCAUUGAUCUACUCCAAUGGAACUACCAGUGAUCACCUACCAGAACACCACUGGAUCAAAGCAUGCACAUAUGGUAUUAUGUUUAUGGGCACGCCGCAUCAGGGUGUUAAUGGUGUGAAAGCUGGCCGUUUGGUCUUAAAUAUGGCCUCGCUGUUUAUGCCGACCAAUAAAAAGAUUAUCGAAACGCUUCAGCGAGGUUCGGAAUGGCUGGAAAUGCAAAAUGAGCAAUACUUACCAAUUUCGAAAUUGUUCGUGACCCAUUUUGCCUACGAAGAAUACGAGACGAAGAUCCCGGGAGGUGCAAAGACAAUGAUUGUUCCACGUUUCUCUGCCGUGAUACCGGGAAUGACUAAUGCCGAGCGAAUUGUUAUACAUGCAGACCAUCGUGAAAUGGUUCGGUUUGAGUCGAAAAGUGAUGAUGGGUAUAGGGCAGUGUCAACUCGCAUUUUUCGCAUGACGGAGAAGGCAAGCGAGCUUGAUCCACAAUGGGCAGAGUCAACAAUCCCGCAAAUGACACCUGACGGGCCAUUCACAGUCACUUUCGGCAUACCUGAGGCCCCCGAGUCAGAAUGUUUCGUUGGCCGAGACCAGGAAAUUUCACAGAUUGGAAACAACUUGAGACACGCCGAAAAUCGAAGAACCGUUGUACUUUACGGGCUGGGGGGAAUGGGGAAGACCCAGCUGGCUCGCAACUACGCCAACAUAUAA